CAAACACAAGACAACCUCAUACCAGAAGUAGGAAGCCAAACUGAGUUCCGACAGUUUACCGAACUUCACUUAUAGCAUCUCAUCGUUCAAAAAACACUUUUUGCAGAAAAACCAAAUGUAAUGGAAAAGGAAGACCGCAGCUUUUGAUUAAAUAGCCUCAGGCGUUGGUAUUUCUCAGCCUCCAUCCAACGAGACUCGAGGUUACGACCAACAACAUUGCAAGUCAUCAUUAUACAUUUGAAACUAAACUAGUUUUCUAGUUAUCUCAGGGAUUAAAUCCCUAUGCUAUGGACGAGGACCCUGAAGACCCGUCCAGCCCGUCUCCAUCCUGCUCCACGGAUCCCCAACCCACUGUGUCCCCGGAUCCUGACAGGAACCAUGGUGACCAGGAGUACAGUAACCAUGGUGAUCAGAAAGACACACCGCAAGGUCAGGAGAGGGUUACUGUGAGUCUGGACAUCAACAGUGAAACACCAACAUUUAAUAUCGUAGUCAAAGAAGAAGAAGAAGACUGGGAACUAGAUAAUGCAGGAGAGAGUCCCAGCCAUCAGUCAGCAGGCGGGGAGAGACCCUCUACAUCAGGAGAACCUGAGUCUGACUCAGUCUCACUGACUAUAUCUGUCCUGUCUCAUCCCCACAGGAGAGAGUCCCAGCCAUCAGAGAGAGUCCCAGCCAUCAGUCAGCAGGCGGGGGAGACCCUCUACAUCAGGAGAACCUGA